AUGUCACAGUAUGAUGCGAUUCUGACUGAGCGUCACCCACAUCACUUCACGCUGGCAGAUACCCAUCCGCUAGCCAAGGAACUGCAUGCCAAUAUCUUUGGAGAAUCGGAUUUAACACAUGCCAAUUGUGCUCACGUAUACGACAUCAGCAGUCUUACCGAAAAGCCGGCGCUCUUUCGAAAGGUCAUCGAGUUCCUCAAAUGCCGCUAUGAAACGAUGGGUGACACCGGUCCAACACACAUCAUUGGAGUGGAAUCACGCGGUUACAUCAUUGGGGCCCCUCUGGCAGUGGCGCUUGGUAUUCCAUUCGUAACCGCCCGUGUGACGAAACGGUUUCCCUCUUCAUUUGUACCUGAAGGUGACGAUUUGAAGUAUUUGCCGAUGUCACGCUCUAUCCGAAAUGACAGCAUUCCUCCGCGUGCGCGUGUGUUGAUUGUUGACGAUUUCAUUGGUACGGGAAGCACAAUGCUUGCCGCACUGCGACUUGCAGAUAUUGUGGCUGCUCAAGUAGUAGAAGUUCUUACCGUCUGUGAUGUGGCCUCGUUGGGGGGUAUCAAAAUUAUACGUGAAUCCGAUGAUGAAAUGUUCAAAGAGACGCCUAUCUUUACUUUGAUUCACUUCAAACUCUCCCCGCGGGAGGCUGAAGAGCAACUUGAAUUCGUUAACUCAUACAUUACCAGGUCACGACUGUGA